AUGCCUUCCAUUCAGUCCAUCAGUAUGGCCCUCUUCGCGCUCCUCGCGACGACCAAUGCCGGUGUGAUCAUUAGCGACGGCGGCGCAGCUGGUGGAUGCCCCGGUGGUUGCUGCAUCCCCGUCUGCAACGUCAUCGUCUCAGACGAUUCUUUGGGCGGAUACGGAUCAGCGGGUUUCGCUGACACAUGCAAGCAAGGAUUCGACAGGGAUAACGGACCAGCUACUAUAGAUAUCAAUGACGACCAUCAGGUAACUUGGCUCCACGCAGAGGAUGGCCAAGUCGUCGUCGACAUAUACCGCAAAAGUGACAAGAAGUACAAUCGCUGGGCAAUUUCGAACUGUCAAUUGGCCUCUACGGGUGGAUCGCAGUGCGCACCUAGUGGCGGAGGCUGUGACGCUACGCAAAUUCUCGUUGAGGCUCAGGGCUAG